AUGAAUCGGUUUACUUCAUUAUUAAAUAAAAAAAUAUAUGAUGUAACAAUUGUAGGUAGUGGAAUUGUGGGAAUUGCAACAGCCAGAGAAAUUUUAAAGAGGAAUCCAACAUUAAAACUAUUGAUAUUAGAAAAAGAGGAUAGCAUAGCAAGACAUCAAAGUAGUCAUAAUUCAGGUGUUAUUCACUGUGGUGUAUAUUACAAACCAGGAUCAACCAAGGCACGAUUAUGUGUAAAGGGUUCAAAGAUGAUGUAUGACUAUUGUAAAGAAAAUGAUAUAAAGCACGAAAAUUGUGGAAAGAUCAUUGUUGCAGUAAAAAAGUCUGAGUUUGAUUCAUUAGAGGCAUUGUAUAAAAGAGGUAUUGAAAACGGUGUUCCAAAUAUCGAAAUGGUAGAUAGAGACAGAUUAUUAAAUUUAGAACCUAGUAUUACAGGUGGAUUAAAAGCAAUUUAUACACCAACAACAGGUAUUGUAAAUUAUUUAGAUGUAGCGAAAUCUAUGGCAAAAGAAAUUCAAGAUAAAUACCAAGCUGAGGUUCAACUGGGUUUUGAGGCAUCUAUUUUUGACUAUGACACAAAGGAUAAGCUGAUGUAUAUAGGCGAUAAAAACAACGAAAGAUCAAUUCUAACUCGACACGUAAUUACAUGUGCUGGAAUGUAUAGUGAUAGGGUAGCUCAUAAUGCAUUUGGUCAGAAAGAGCCUUCUAUCGUUCCAUUUCGUGGUAGUUUCCUUCAAUUUAAACCAGAAUAUAAACAUUUAAUUAAAGGUAAUGUAUAUCCUAUUCCUAACCCUUCUUUUCCUUUUCUUGGUGUUCAUUUUACAAAGAAAAUAGAUGGAAAUGUUUGGUUAGGACCUAAUGCAGUUCUAGCAUUCUCAAGAGAGGGUUAUAGUUAUAAAGAUUUUAGAGCUAAAGAUUUUCAAGAAAUUUUAACAAAUCCAGGUUUAUUUGCACUCUCUUUAAAGCAUUGGAAGUAUGGAGUUAACGAAUUGCUCCGUGAUAUCUAUCCAUCAAAUUUUAUAGAAUUAUUACAACCAUACAUGCCUGAUAUCUCUAUGGAUAUGUUGGAGGUUACCGAUGGUGCAAGUGGUGUUCGUAGUCAAGCAAUUUCACCUAAUGGAGAUUUAAUUGAAGAUUUUAUAUUUGACACACCAAAAGAUAAACCAAUAUUGCAUGUUAGAAAUUCACCAUCCCCCGCUGCUACAUCCUCAUUAGCAAUUGCAGAAGAAAUUGCAAAUAUGGCACAAAAUCAAUUUAAAGAAUUAAAUAAUACUAAAAAAUAUUAUUAA